GGCCAACCGACCGCGGGGCCUGGGGCUGCGUCACAGCGUGGCCUCGCGGCAGAGUUGGCGGCAUGGACAACCUCUACGUGGAGGAGGUGGCCGCCUCCCUGGUCAGGGAGUUCCUCAGCAGAAAGGGCUUAAAGAAGACAUGUGUGACCAUGGACCAGGAACGCCCACGCUCUGAUCUCAGCAUAAACAGCAGAAAUGAUCUUCGCAAGGUUUUGCAUCUUGGGUUUCUGUACAAGGAGAACAAGGCAAAAGAAAAUCCUCUAAAAACAAACCUUGAACUCAUUACCAGAUAUUUUCUGGAUCACGAUGGAAAUACAGCUAACAAUUUUACUCCAGAGACCCCAAUCCCUGCACUCUCAGUUCCAAAAAAAAAUAACAAAUUACCAUUGAGAAGUUCAGAGACCACGCUGGUAAAUAUAUUUGACCUUUCAGAUGAAGAUGCAGGAUGGAGAACAUCAUUGUCAGAAACAAGCAAAGCCAGACAUGACAAUCUUGAUGGGGAUGUACUUGGUAAUUUUGUAUCAUCCAAAAAACCCUCACGCAAAAUUAAGCCCACGCAGACAGCCCCAGGUGGAAGCCCCACCGUGGCUUCUGCAUGGGAGAAGACGGAAAGGCCUCACUUGUCGGAACCUUCUUUGGAUGUAAAGAGGAUUGGAGAGAAGACCAGGCCAAAGUCUGGCCUGAUUGUGCGAGGCAUGAUGGCUGGGCCCACUGCCAGCUCCCCACAGGAUUCUUUCCACAAACGCUCUCUGAGGAGGUCCCCGGCCUUGAGCAGCACCAUGCAGCCCCAGGAGGAGGAGAGCCGGAAGGUGGCCGAGCUUGCCACCUGUACCUCAGCCUGUCCAGCCCCCCAGGACGUCCCAGCUUCGAGCAGCAGCUCCACCUCCAGGAGCCUCCUGGGUCAGCUAAGUGAACUGAUCAUAGAAAAGCAGAAAACCCCUCCCAGCAGCCCUCCCCACCUGCCCAGCAAAGGGCUGCCCCAGGGGAAGAGGGCCAGCUGGAAAGAUCUUUCAGAGGACAGCCCAGCACUGGACAGUAGCACAGACACAGACAGGACGCCCUUGAAGUUAUACUUGCCUGGCGGGAAUUCCAGGAUGACCCAGGAGAGGCUGGAGAGAGCAUUCAAACGGCAGGGCAGCCAGCCCCCGCCUGGCAGGAAAAAUCAGUUGCUGGCAUCUCACAAGGCGGAUGGUGAGCUGGGUGCCCUACAGCUUGAGGAUGUGGAGGAUGAGAUGAUAAGGGAAGAAGUCAUCUUGUGCCCAGUCCCAUCAAUACUCAAGCUGCAGAUAGAGUCAAAGCCAAUCGACCUCUUAGUAGCAAAGGAAAUAAAGACCCUUCUCUUCGGUUCCAGCUUUUGCUGUUUCAAUGAAGAAUGGAAACUUCAGAGUUUUUCCUUUAGUAACACAGCCUCGUUAAAGUACGGCAUUGUGCAGAAGAAGGGUGGUCCCUGUGGGGUCCUGGCAGCUGUCCAAGGCUGCGUCCUACAAAAACUCCUGUUUGAAGGAGAUAGCAGAGCCAACUGUGCUCGGGGGAUGCAGCCUUCAGAUGCCCACAGGACCCGCUGCCUCACCCUGGCCAUCGCGGACAUUGUGUGGCGGGCUGGGGGCCAAGAGAGAGCUGUGGUCACACUGGCUUCAGGAACACAGCAGUUCAGUCCAACAGGGAAAUACAAAGCAGAUGGAGUCUUAGAAACACUCACACUCCACAGUUUGACCUGCUAUGAGGAGCUGGUGACUUUUCUUCAACAAAGCAUUCAUCAGUUCGAAGUGGGCCCCUACGGAUGCAUCCUGCUCACUCUGUCUGCCAUCCUGUCCAGGUCCGUGGAGCUCGUUCGCCAGGACUUUGAUGUUUCCACCAACCACCUGAUUGGAGCACACGGGUACUGCACACAGGAACUUGUCAAUCUGCUCCUGACCGGAAGAGCCGUUUCCAAUGUUUUCAACGAUGUGGUUGAGCUGGAUUCCGGGGACGGGAACAUCACACUUCUCAGAGGCAUUGCUGCACGCAGCGAUAUUGGCUUCUUAUCUCUCUUUGAGCACUACAACGUGUGCCAGGUCGGCUGCUUCCUGAAGACGCCAAGGUUUCCCAUCUGGGUGGUGUGCAGCGAGAGCCACUUCACCGUUCUGUUCAGCCUGCAGCAGGAGCUCCUGUGUGACUGGAGGACUGAGAGGCUCUUCGACCUGUACUACUAUGACGGCCUGGCCAACCAGCAGGAACAGAUCCGGCUGACUGUCGACACCACCCAGACCAUCCCUGAGGACAGAGACAAUGACCUUGUCCCACCCCUCGAGCUCUGCAUCAGAACCAAGUGGAAGAGGGCGUUGGUGAACUGGAACGGCUCAGACCCCAUCCUGUGACCUCAAAUGUGGGUAAGCCCUGUGGCUCCACUGCUCAUCACUGGGGGUGACAGCUGGACCCCAAGCCUCAGGGGCAAGUCUCUGAGAAGAGCGUCGCCCCCUUCUGGGCCAGCAGUGCUGCAGAAGCGUGCAGAGCCUCCCUGCCCCUUCCACGAAGGGCCCACCCGGGACCAUGAUGAGGGGCCCAGUGUGCUGCUGUGUCCCCUCCCAAAGACGGAGCCGUGACUGCCGAGGACUGGAAGCAGGCCUCCGGGGUCUCUGCUGCCUUUUAUCUGCAUCCCUCCCUCGCUCCCCUCUGGGUCAUCCCUUCAACAAGGCCUCUGACGUGGUUCCCCCGGGGACCUUGGGUACUCACUGUUUCUGGUAAUUGACUUUCUAUAAAACAAGAGUCACAUCCA